CCGUUAGAUAUUUAUUUAGCAACAAAAAAAGGUAGAAACAUAUUAACAGAAAGUAGAAUAAUUUGAAGUCAGAGAGAGAAUCCCAACACCGUCAUCGUCCUUGACUACACCCACACACAACUGCUUUUAGAGAGAGAAACUGCCGGCACCCCCUUUUUCAUCUCUCUUUCUCUCUCUACAUAUAUAUAUCCAUCCAUACGCAAACUGAUGCAUGUAAUAAUACUAUAAUAUCGCCUCAAUUUAUAUAUAUAUAUAUAUGUAUAUGUGUAUGUAUAACCGUGUUGAACAGUCAAUAAAAGCACAGCUUUUGUGAUUUUUUUUCCUUCUUCCAGACCAAGUCAUUUUUUUCCGACUUCGAAGAAUUUUGCUUCUGAAGAUCAAGGAAUCGCGAAUUCGCCUCUGUUCCGAUUCAGGAUUUCAGCAAUUGCAGCGAAUUUGGUACGAUGGUGUGUUUGCAUGAAGUAAUUCGAUAAGAAUUUUUUGGGUAUUUUAGGUUUUUUUUUUAUAUAUAUGAUUGUAGUAGAUUGAAUUAUUCAGAUUGAUUUCAAGUAUGUUGAUGAAUUUCGUGAGAUGUAAGAUGAAUUAAUUACCCAGAGAUGGUACUGUGAAAGUGAAGAAAAAAAGGGGAGGGUGUAAUUUGUAAUUAUUUGCUGGGGUUUGUACUUUAAAUUGGGGGAGAAUUAUGGGUUGUGUGUGUGGGAAACCCUCUUCAGCAGUUAAAAACAGCGGUGACAGCCCGAAGCAGAGAGAAUUAAUGAGGAAGACAUCUGAAUUACGAGUGGCCCGAGCGAUUUCGUCGAAAAGGGAUGAGAGUUUUUCGCUCAAGGAGAGAUUUGAGAAAGUUGAUAUGAAAAUUGGGUUGGUUGAUAAGAAAAUGAAUGGUUCUUUAAGGGGGAGGCCCGAUUAUUACGAAAAGAAACGAGGGAGUUCUGCAGAUAUGGUCAAUUUUCCAGUUAUGGGGAAUAUUCCCAGAGCUGUUGAAGGUGAGCAGGUUGCUGCUGGAUGGCCUUCUUGGCUGGUUGCAGUCGCCGGUGAAGCUAUCAGAGGAUGGGUCCCACGAAAAGCCGAUACGUUCGAAAAAUUGGACAAGAUUGGCCAAGGAACUUACAGUAGCGUGUACAAGGGUCGUGAUCUCACGAACAACAAAGUUGUUGCUCUGAAGAAAGUACGUUUCGAUAAUAUGGAUCCUGAAAGUGUCAAAUUUAUGGCAAGGGAGAUUUCAAUUUUACGAAGGCUUGAUCACCCGAAUAUUAUUAAGCUGGAAGGCUUGGUAACUUCUAGAACAUCACCUAGUUUAUAUCUCGUCUUCGAGUAUAUGGAGCAUGAUCUCACUGGACUUGCUUCACUCCCUGGUGUCAAAUUCACUGAACCUCAGGUGAAAUGUUAUAUGCAGCAGCUGCUGAGUGGACUCGACUACUGUCACAGUAAUGGUGUCCUUCAUAGAGAUGUGAAGGGCUCUAAUCUGUUAAUCAACAAUCACGGCAUCUUAAAGAUUGCAGAUUUCGGCUUAGCAAGUUAUUACGAUAAUCAACAGAAAGUUCAAUUAACGAGCCGUGUUGUGACUUUGUGGUAUCGACCACCUGAACUAUUACUUGGUGCAACAAAUUACGGAGUUGCUGUUGACUUAUGGAGCGCUGGCUGUAUACUCGGAGAACUCUAUGCUGGCAAGCCCAUAAUGCCUGGUCGAACUGAGGUUGAGCAGUUGCAUAAGAUAUUCAAGCUUUGCGGUUCUCCGUCUGAGGAUUAUUGGAGAAAGUCGAAAUUACCUUAUUCGACACAGUUUAAGCCUAUUCAGCCAUAUAGAAGGCGAAUUGCUGAAAGCUUCAAGGAUCUUCCGGAAGCUGCGUUAGGGCUCAUGGAGACCUUACUCUCUAUGGACCCUUCGAAUCGAGGAACUGCCUUUACUGCUCUUAACAGUGAGUUCUUCACAACAGUACCAUUUGCUUGUGAACCAUCAAGUUUACCGAAAUAUCCUCCAAGCAAAGAGAUAGAUGCAAAAUAUCGAGAACAGGAAGCACGAAGGCAAAAACUUGAAAAUGGUCUGAUAAGAUCGAAAGAACCACGGAUUGCUCCAGCACCCGAUGCUAAUGCUGAGUUAGUUAGGUCAAUGCAGAGGAGGCAUGGGCAAAGCGAAUUGUUCAACCCUCACAAGGAGGAAUCUGCUUCCGGUUUUCCAUUCGAUCGACAAAGACCUACACAAGGUUUGAGAGAAACGAGCAAAGAUCAAAUGCAAAACCCUCCACAGAGAGUUUCUCACUCAGGUCCUCUUGGAAGGAAAAACGAGGACACUUCGAUUAUUUCCAACAGAAACAAUCUAUCUUCUCUAUCAGGGUUGGUGGCAUCAAGGGCUUUUUCGUCCAUACAAUCGCGAGACGAGUUAGCUUCUUCUCGUUUGGAAGCUACAAAUCAAGUAGCUAAUUUUUCAGAGUCGUUUGGGGAUCGAAUGAAAAGGAAUGAUAAUAGAAGGCCCCAAAUGCACUUAUAUUCCGGCUCGCAACAAUCGGAUAUUGGAAGAAUGAGCAUGAAAGAACCUGUUAUGGAUUCGCAUAAUCAAAAAGAGAGGACGAUCCACUUUUCCGGUCCUUUAAUAGCGCCUUCAAAUAAUAUAGAGCAGGUGCUAAAAGAGCACGAACGAAGAAUCCAAGAAGCAGCUCGUAGAAUAAGGCAUGACAAAACUCGAGGAGGUGGUCGAGUUCGCCCUCAAGAGUUGCAUCAUUUCUCGGCUAAUCAACUCUAUCUCUCCAAUCAGAGUAUUGGCUAGAGCACACCGUACCCCCCCACCCCCUUCCUCGUUAUAUAUAUAGUUGCUAUGUAAAUUAUCGUAUGUGUAUAGAUAUAUUUCUUUCUUGGGUGAGGAUUGAUCUUCACUAUUUUAGAAUGUUUUGAUCUUUUCGUCUGGGAGAGGAGGAAUAUUUAGGAGGAGAGAUUGUUGUUGUUGUGUUUUGAUGGGGGCUUUUUCCACUUAUUUAAGUGAAAAGGCGAUAAACGAGCUUAUCGAAUCAAAUGUUUUAUGUACGUAAAAUAGUAAAUCAUCUUGAGUUGGGUAUUUUUUGGCCUAUGGAAAAAAUUGGAGUCUAUUUUCUUGAAAAGGAAUCUUGUUUUAGUUU